AUGCAUUUCUCUUCUGUUGCACUGUUCGCCCUUUGCUCUAUCGGCGUGACCAAUGCCGCGCCUGUCGCCAAUCCCGAGAACGAAGACCUCGCUCGCCGUGCAAAUUACUCCGUAGUCAAUGCCGAUGGAGACUCCUCCUCCAGCUCAGUUGCACGUGAAGUCGACACUGUCUACGAAAUUUCCACAGUCACUGCCCCUGGCGCCGAGCCAGCGUCCAUCACUGUGACUGUGACUGAGACUCCUUCGAGCGUGGCCUACUCCUCGACUCCCGUGGCUAGCUCUACUCCGUGCUUGGGGACCCCAACUCCUGGCUCUUCCUCUUUCUUUCGCCGGGGCCUGAGAGCCGCUGGUCAGCCUGCUCUCUUUGCUCGCGAGUACUCUAGCUCUGCCUCUGCCUCUGCGUCUCUCUAUGCCCGUGGCUGGUACUCUGCUGCUUCUAAUACUCCUGUUGCCACGCCUACCGCUUCGCCUACUUCCCUCGUGGCUCGCGGCUUCGGUGAUUGGCACUCUUCCUCUUUGGCGUCGCCUUCUUCUAGCCUGAGCACUUCCGUUGCUGCCACUCACCUUGUCGCUCGUGGCUGGUACUCUUCUUCUGCCACUCCCUCUUCCUCGGCGACUUCCCUUGUGGCCCGUGGUUGGUACUCUUCUGCCCCCGGCACUCCCUCCAGCUCCAGCGUCACUACUUCAGCUGCUCCUCUGGCGGCCCGUGGUCCCUACGGCUGGUACUCUGCUGCCCCCUGUGAUUCCUCCGUUGCCACACCUUCUGCCUCUCCUGCUCUUGUGGCCCGUGGUUUCCGCACUUGGGGUUCUUCCAGUGUCUCUUCGCCUGUCUCCAGCACCGCCACUGCGUCGGCUACUCCUGUGGCCUACUAA